AUGGAUUGGGCACAUGUUAUAGCCUCUCCUAACUGUUCAGUCAUAAAUGGAGCAAAUCUCUGGACCAGGAAACCCUCCACCAAGAGUAUUUACUAUGCAAGUUCUUGUAGAUCAAAAGCUUCUCAGCACAAAACAAAAGCUCAAAUAGAAUAUAAUCCUCUGAGGUCUCAACAAUCACAUUUGAAUCAUCAUUAUAUUGAAAGAGGACCCACAUAUCAAGAAAACAAUAAAAACCAUGUGGUGAACGCCGUCCCUGUCCCAUCUUUUGAGUCAGAAUCUCACGCUUCCAGUUCCAAAAACAUUGUGGACUCUGUCAAAAAUUUCCUGGGCAUUUUAUACCAAUUUAUCUACCCUUACGCCAUGUAUAGUCGAUCAAUCGCUGCAAUUUCCGCAUCUCUCAUUGCAGUAGAAAAACUAUCAGAUAUAUCUCCAUUGUUUUUUAUUGGUUUAUUACAGGCUUUGUUACCUCCCAUGUUUAUGGAUCUUUAUGUUAAUGGCGUGAAUCAAGUGUUUGACUAUGAAAUAGAUAAGAUAAACAAACCCUAUCUUCCAUUGGCAUCUGGGAAAUUAUCCUUGAGAAGUUGUGCCUUUAUUGUUGCCUCAUCUGCAAUUAUGUGUUUUUGGCUUAACUUGAUGAUAGGUUCUUCGGCCUUGAUUUGGAAUUUUGCUAUGUGCUUUACGUUAUGGACUGGCUAUUCUGUAAAGACGUUUGUAUUCAAGAGGCCAACAGUCUUUCCAAGAUCAUUGAUUGUUUCUAUGGUAUUCAUGAGUUUCUACUCUCUUGGUUUAGCAUUAUCCAAGGAUAUACCUGACAUAGAAGGAGAUCAAAAAUUUGGUAUUGAUUCUUUCUCUGCACGGUUAGGCCCGAAAAAGGUAUUUUGGAUCUGUGUUGGCCUUUAUGAAAUGGCAUUUGGAGUUGCCAUUUUGGCAGGAGCAUCAUCUUCGUCUCCAUUUUGGAUUAAAAUUGUUACGGGUGUAGGAAAUUUGGUUCUUGCUUUGACUCUCUGGUAUCAGACCAAAUAUGUAGAUGUGACAAACCCAGCUUCCGCAAGAUCCUUCUAUUCAUUGAACUGGAAGUUGUUGAACGGGGCAUUUGUUCUCUUGCCUUUCAUCAGAUAA